AUGCUUCCGAAACUAAAUGUUCCUACCCGUCUUAAUAAGAGCUAUCUGUUAGAAUACCGAGUACACAAGAUCGUCCCAAAGACCACCCCAAAACCUCGGGAAGUCGAAAGAUCGGCUUCUAACUAUCGUACCAUACUUUGUAAGUUUUUUCUGAUGAAUUCCUGUAAGCAUGGGGAUAACUGUACAUAUUCGCAUGAUACAAGCAAGUUUCCAUGUAAAGCAUUUCACAUAAAGGGAAACUGCACAAGGAAGGAUUGUCCUUUUUCUCAUGAACCUCCAACCGAUAAGGAAAUGGAAGAAAUUAUUAGUGAGAAGCAAGAAGAAUCUACUUCGUUUUUUAAGUCUACUUUGCUCUAA